AUGGCUCACCUCGAAAGGCAACCUCAACAGUAUGCCCAGUUUUCACCACGUUAUCAAGGUUUUCAACCACUACCCAACUUUGGCUUCUCAAGUGGAAUGUUUGUAGGUGCUGCUGGUGGUGCUUCUUCACAUGUGUCAGAUUCAACAACCCCGCAAUCGCAAAUAAGAGAGCCGGAGAAAGAUGAAGAAAAGGAAGAUUCAAGCGCUAGCAGCCCGGAUGAAGGAAGGAGGACUGUGAAAUUAAUUACACAUUCAGUAGAUCCAAUUCGUGGCAUAGAUCAGAGUAGAGAGGCCUAUUGGAACAAGAUAGCAGAAGCGUUCAAUUCAGGCCAGGCUGAAGGUGCAAGAAGAAGGUCAAAGGGACAGCUAAAAAGCCAUUGGGGAAGAAUUAAUGCAGCUGUUACCAAGUUCAAUGGGGUGUAUGGUCGAAUGACAUAUUGUAGUGGGGAAUCUGAUGACAUGUUGAUGGACAAAGCACGUGCUGUAUUCAAAAGAGAAAACAAGAAAGCGCCAUUUACACUUGAAUAUGUCUGGAAGAUUCUGAGAAAUGAACCCAAAUGGUAUAGAAGUAUACCUGGUCAGGAUUGUUCAGAGAAAAACAAAAGGACAAAAGUAGAUGAAUCUGGAGCAUACACUUCAUCUUCCAACCAAGAAACUGACGAGGGGGAUUCAUUCAAAGAAGUGCGGCCAGAGGGGCAGAAGAAAGCAAAAGCUAGGAUGAGAGGAAAGGGAAAGGGAAAGGCCUUACCACAAUCUCCCCUAGGCUCGCCGCCAGAUGAAGACAUGGUUUUGUUUCAUGAUGCUAUGUUGAAGAGAGCAAGUGCACUAGAAAAAACAGCAGAAGCAUCAAAGGAGCAGGUUAGAAUGAAAAAGAUAGAAAAAUACAUGAAACAAUUGGACAAGGACACUUCCAACAUGAGUCCAGCAAUACUGAAGCUGCAUGAAGAACUCCUACAGGGUCUAGCCAAGGAACUAUUUCCAUCUUCAAACAACUAA